GUUUUUGUCCCAUUGUUGUUGUAGAAGACGGAAGCAAAUCGUUCGCGGUUUGUAAGUGAUUCAAUUACAGCAAAUUGUGUGUUACAAAAUAUAUUAAACAUACGUUUUAACCCAUAUUUAGGCGAGAUAGUAACCUUGUGCAACAAGCGUUAUACAGUAUCAUAGAUCAGUCACAUAAUAUAGUUUCUGGAUACUUUUCGUACAGUGAAGAGCGCAUGCCUUCACGGCCACAAGGUGUUUCUGUCCAGGUGGAGCUUCUGAAAAUUAGCCAUCUUCACUGUUGCAAUCAGAACUGAGGUGAGCUGCGGAAGUCCUUAUGUCGUCAUAAUUUACCUGCUUAUUCUGUCAAUAGUUGUAGUAGGUACCAUGUCAGACUUCACCAUUGAUAUCCAGCUGACAGAACUAGGGUUCCCUGACAUCUUGCAGCCCAGAGAAAUGACCUGUGUGAAGGAAACACCAUCGCCUUCGGCCUCUAACAAUAUUUCCCCUGGAUCCCUGGCUAACCUCCAAACCCCCAGUUCCUCACCGCCUCCUGCUGCUGCACUCACCCCCACAGCUGUGGACCCAGAACUGGUCGGUGUAGAACAGCUGGUUUCUGUAGCCUCAAGGACUGCUUCUACAGUACAGCAGGUUGCCUCACAGACGGGCCCUCGCAUUACAGUAACCCCAAGUCCCUCUGGGCCCCCUGAGACACUGACAAUACUCUGCCCACCCCCUCCUUCUACACACAAACCGGUGGUAGUGGCACACACUUCACGGCCUGUUAGUCCCAUAUUGCUACCCAAGAGUUUAGUAAGUGGUCAAAGCAAUAGCCUUCACCAAAUCCCCAAAAUAACAAAAACUGUCAUGAUAUCUGUGUCUCGUGUUGGAGCUGGUACUGUGUUGACUACUGUACCAGCUACUUCCACUCCCCCUGUUGAACACUUAAGAACCAUUAAGAAGGAUUCCGAGCUGCCACUGGCAGACCAGACUGCAAUGUUUCAGACCACUCCAAAACUUGUAAACACAGGGAAGCCAGGAAGGGCGGUCGCUGAGGAAGAAGAACCAGGAGAAAAUAUUGGAGAGGGAAUAGGAGGGAGAAAUGGAGGGAAAGGUGUUUUCGAUGAUGGGAAAGUGCAAGGACUGAAAGAGAAAGAAGCAGAAGUUGCAAAGAGUUUAGAGGAGGAUUCUGAGGAAACAGAUGACAGUGAGGUUUCUGAGAAUGAGGAUGAUGAUGAAGAGGAGGAGGAGGAGGACGAACUGGACCCAGAAGCAGAGCCUGGAGGUUCAGGCGAACACCGCUGUAGCGUCUGUGACCUCGUCCUUUCCUCCAGCUUCCAGCUCCAGGAGCACAUGAACCUGCACACAGGGGCACGCCCCUACUGCUGUGCCGAGUGUGGCAAGCGCUUCUGUCAGCUGACCAACUACCGCUCCCACCUGCGUACGCACGCCCAGCCCCAGACCUCAGUCCCACCCGUACAGCUCCGCUGCCGUGUUUGCCUGAAGGGCUUCGAUUCUGAGCAGGGUUUGAAGGACCACCUAGCCAAGUCCCACUUUGAGAAGGAGUUCUAUGAGUGUGACGCAUGCAAGCGCAUCUUCACCUGCCUGACCAAGUGUGAGGAGCACCUGGAGGAGCACAAGCGCGAGCUGGCGGACCACGUGUGUCUGCAGUGCUGCCGCCGCUUCCGCCUGCGCCGCUCUCUCCGCCGCCACAAGGAGCGGGGCUGUGUCCGCAGCUAUCGCUGCACCGACUGCCCCAUGAACUUCAGCCGCAAGAAUGCCCUCCUCAAGCACAGCUUCUCCCACCUGGGCCUGCUGCCUUACACCUGCAUCCAGUGCCGUGCACAUUUCCGCCUGGCCAGGCUCUACCGUAAGCACGAGUGUGAGCCGGAGCGGCUCCACUGUGUGGCAUGCCUGGGCGUCUUUCAGAGCCACAACGACUUCCAGAGGCACAAGAGGGAGACGGGCUGCUGGGGCCAGCAGGGGACCAAGGGGGAUGAGAUCCGCUGUAUGGAGUGUGGCCAUGCCUUCUCCACGACUGACGAGCUGAAGAAUCACGCCGGGGCGCACCAGAGGGUGAUGACCUGCUCCGAGUGCGGCAAGGGCUUCCGCUCGGCCUUGAUGCUGAUGUCACACAUGGGGGGCCACGCAGGGUCGAGGCCCUGUCUGUGUAAGAACUGUGGCCUGGGCUUCCCUCACCAGCAGGGUUACGAGAGCCACCUCAAGGACUGUGGACGCAAACCCCCUCCUGUGAUGGCUCCAAAGAAACCCCGGAAGGACGCACCUGCUACUUCCAAACCGCUAUCCCAGCUCGCUCCAAGUUAUCUCCCUGUUUCUCCUCCUGUGAAGAAACUAGAGAGACAAGCGUCAGCACCACUUUCUACCCCAGUGAGAAUGCCAGGCUCUGCCCCUGCCGGAGUCACAAUGGGAAUCCCUAACACCACUGCUGUCCGUGCGGUGAGCCCUGACCAACCCACCAAGGGUCUGUGGAAGCUCAGCCUGGACAAACAGCCUCCUCCUGGGGUGUCCUUGGUCAUGUUUGUCCCUGCCAACACCCCUCUGGCCUCUGGACUCUCUGGCCCAUCCUCCACCUCCCAGCUCCCAGCUCUCUCAGGCACACAGCCCCAGUGGAAGGUAUUCAACCCAGCACCAAAUCCAGGAGCCCCUCCUCCGGUGCUGUGCCAGUCCAGCUUCACCUCUGAGCCGGGCCUGAGCCUCAUAGCAGAAGCAAACCGGCGCUACUCCUCUGAUGCCCCGCUGGAUCUGGCCUUAAAGACAACUUACUACGAACAGGAGCCUGCUAAUUUACUACCUCUUGAUCUGUCUAACAAGUCGACUUGCUCCACUCCUCCUGCUAACCUUGUAGUCAAGACUGAACCGAGAGACCCUGGGUUUGCAGAGGAGACUGAGGAAGAAGUAUUCACAAGUUUAACAGGUGAUAGAAAGGGGAUAGGAUUUCAGAGUAAGAGGGAGCCAGGGGGUGAUUCUAAAAUGGAGACUAUGGCUCAGAAGGGGGGAAAUAGAGAAGGGAGUGGAGAUGAAGACAGGCAAACUGACAACAGAGAUGAUGGAACAGCUCAGACUCAAAUGAAGAAGGCACCAAAGCCGGGAGUCCCAUCAACACUGCGGCUCCUGACCGUCAAACAGACAGAACCUUUGAAGAACACUGCCAAAGUGGAUCUAGUGAAUCAGCUGAAAAUUGAGUCAGUCAGCUCUUUGCACUCCAAAAUGCUUCGGGGCUUCGUCCAUAUAAAGCAGGAACCACUGUCUCUAGAGCCUGACAGUGGAACACAGAGCUCAAACUUCUGUUCGUACAGCCCGCUGACAGCAUUGAAGAGGAAGGUGGAGCCAGACGUGGGGCUGGACUUGAGAUGGGAUGGGGGCACCCCAGGCUGUGUGCUCGACUUGAGGUUGAAAGGAGGGAACCCAGCCAGGUGUGAUAUGGCGGAGAAAGCAGAGGAGAGGAACAUGGAAGGAGACCGUGUAGAGGAGGGGCUUGAUGGUGGCGAGAAUGAUGGUGCAACAGAGGAGAGGAACAUAGAAGGAGACCGUGUAGAGGAGGGGCUUGAUGGUGGCGAGAAUGAUGGUGCAACAGAGGAGAGGAAAGCAGAUAUGGAUGGAUUGGAGGAGAGGAAAGAGCAGAAGGAGAAGAAUGGAACCGAGGAGAGGAAAGGGGAGGAGGAUGGAACGGAGGAGACUGACGCCCCUGUUGAUGAACCCACAGCCCAUAACCCAGAGACACAGCUCCCCUCCUCUCUCAUCCCCUCUCCUCCCUCCUCACCACCAUGUAAAAGACGAAGGUCACUAAGGACAAGGGAAAAGCCUAGAGCCCUACGUGACUGUUUAUUAUAGGGGCAGUACUUUAGACAGAGUGAAAAAUGGGAUUGCUGACAACAAUGUUAAUUAGGCUGCCUUUUAAAUGGCCCGAGAAACAGAGGAAAACAUAACCAAGCUUACUGUAAAACAAUUCAUACUAGGCUUGUUAUUAAAUUAUAAUAGCAACACAUUUUGUGGAUUUGUGGUGAUUUUUAUAAACCAUGCCUCUACAUGAAUUUGCCCUCUGGAUUUGGUUGCUUUCCUGUGUUCCAAUAAUUUUUUCUUAGCUAUUGAAGACUUACUAUGUCUAUGUUAAAUGUACCUGCUAGUGUUUAGUGAGCUAGCCAACAAUCCUGGUUGUUAGCUGCUUACUGUGUGGCAAGCGAUUGAGAUUAGGGUAAAUAGUGGCUAUUGUUUUCUAUAUUACAGUAGUUGCGUAUGUUGGCAAUAGGGUCAUGCACUUCUUCCAGUGUUAUGCACACAUUUCCAAACACUCCAUAUCUAUUUGACUAUACCAACAUAAUUUAUUUGUUUUUUUUGUUAUAGGUUGUCCAGUUAGUCUUCACUUGAAUGUCAUUGUAAUUUUAGUUGUUUCUAUUCUAUAUAAGCUGCCGUAUGGGACUUCAGUCGCCAAGGUUUCUUAUUCAGGUACUGAUGGGGAGUGUUUGGGAGCCAGGAUUUAAUGUACUGUCAACUUUCUGAGAAAUGUUUCUCAACAGCUCGGUUUUUCUGUUUGAUUUGAGUUCCAUAAUGGGUAUAAUAUGCAAGAAAAUGUAUGUGCUGUCCAAUUAUAAUGUUAAAUUGACUUGUAUAUCUUUUUCUAUCACGUUGGAAUGUCUUACCCCAAAUUCAACUGAAUGGUUGCAGUGUUUUGUAGAGUUUAAAAUAUUCUGUUCUGAAAUUGGGAUCUUAAAGGAUACAAAUAAAGAUCAACAUGUCGGAA